UUAUCUGAGGCAGUCCAAAGUACAGGAAAAGGCUCUCUGUGCAUGCUGAGUGGCAUGGCAUUUGUGCCAGCAAGCAGGUGUGAAGGAAAAGUUGGUAAGAGUACAUACUGCUCAAUGUUUCACAGAUGAAAAUAGGGACACUUUUCCAAGCACAAGUCAAAGUACGUUUCCGAGCACAAUUCAAAGUAUUGGUGCUGACCUUUAAAGCCCUAAACGGCCUUGGUCCAGUAUACCUGAAGGAGCGUCUCCACCCUCAUCAUUCUGCCCGGACACUGAGGUCCGGCACCGAGGGCCUUCUGGCGGUUCCUUCACUGCGAGAAGCAAAGCUAUAGGGAACCAAGCAGAGGGCCUUCUCGGUAGUGGCACCCACCCUGUGGAAUGCCCUCCCAUCAGAUGUCAAAGAGAUAAAUAACUAUCUGAUAUUUAGAAGACAUCUGAAGGCAGCCCUGUUCAGGGAAGUUUUAAAUGUGUGACAUUUUAAUGUAUUUUAAAUUUUUGUUGGAAGCCGCCCGGAGUAGCUGAAAAAACAUAGCCAGAUGGACGGGGUACAAAUAAAUUAUUAUUAUUAUUAUUAUUAUUAUUAUUAUUAUUAUUAUUAUUAUACUACCCACUUCUCCUACCAAGGCUAACUGAGCUUCCUCUCCCUCUCAUUCCAUAUUGCUAGGGAUCUGCCAGUAUCAGCUGCUCGUUCUCCCAGUCUUCUUUUUUAUUUAUUUAUUUACACAUUUUAAAAUUCAUUUUCACUUUUAACAUUUAUAAUCAUACAUACCGGUAAAUCAUAAUCAUUUUACAAACAGGAUUCUCAGAAUCCCUGAACCUCCCUCCACCCCUCCAUGGUUUCCCCAGAUAUUAUUUUCAAACUGCAUUGUAUCGUAUUCUCCAUAUUUUCUUAAAACUCUAUUUUUUAUCAUAGUUCUCUCUUCAUUGCAAGUGUUUUCAAAAUCUUGCUAAUGCUUUCAAUUGUUACAGUGUUCUUUCAAGUAACUUUUUUAAAAAACCCCAUUCUUUGUUCAGUCCAGUCGUCCACAUUUUCACUUCGGUUUGCGAAUCCCCCCCCCCCCGAAAAUACUUCAGCAUUUGUGUGCAAAUUUCUCCUGCUCUAUUCAUGUGAUGUGUGCAGUUUUGCCUCGUAUACAAAUUUUCGCGAGGCAAUUUCCCCUGAUAAAAUGCGAUUUUCACAAAUAUAUGCAUUCAUAUGCAUACGUUGGAAUAUACAAUUUUGUACACAUUCGCUUGGCUGGGGAACAGCCUUGCAAAAUACGGAGAAGUGUGAAUUUUGAUGGUUGGCUGUACAUCGGUGCACCUAUUGUUUUAGAAAGUGUGAAUUAGCAAGUUCACUUUUCGAGGCAAAUCAAACCUCCCACCUGUCCCAGCAUAUUGCUGAAAGCUCUUCUCUAACUCCUUUACACUAUACAGUGGUACCUCGACUUACGAAGACGAUCCGUUCCGCGGCUGUCUUCGUAAGUCAAAGUCUUCAGAAGUUGAAGCGCCCGUUCUGCACAUGCGCAAAGCAUGACUUUGCACUUCUGUGCAUGUGUGGACUGCACGCGCGGGGAAAAGACUUCCGGGGUUGUCAACUUUGGAAGUCGAAACCUUCGGAAGUUGAUUCGUUUAGAUGUCGAGGUAUGACUGUAUCUGUAAUCUCAAUGAAAGAACAAUUAAGCUAAGAUUUGUUCACUUUUUUGAAUUAAGAAUAUGUAAGGAAAACACAGUUGUCCUACAUUCUCUUGCCAACAGUCCCAAAUGAGCCUCCAUAGCGUACACAUUGGCAGCCUGUGCUCUGUACGUACGACAUUUAAUGGCUUUGGAUCAGAGCUUCCUCUGGCCAUAUGGGCAUGCACAGACAUUGAGGUAACAUGGAGAGCCUCCUAUCAUUGUCAGGUGAGAUGGAUGGAAAACCAAAGAGGACUUUUGCUCCAGUGGUGCUGUAACUGUGGGGCAGCCUCUCCUUUUUUUGGAGGCAGAGCUGUCCCUGGGACCUAUUUUUAAUUUAUUUUAUAUACAGCAGUUCUGCUGUUUAUAUAUAUAUUGCAGUACCAGGAUGGUGUGCAACAAUAGAACACAAUUUAAAUUGGCACUUUAUUGUCCUUUUGGCCCUGCAAGGACUUUUCUUUUCCCCUACUGCAUACACCCCGCCCCCCCCCAGCUUUUUCCAAUGCAGUUUUAAUCCUGCAGACUGCGUUUUCAUAUGUGGCUUUCAUAACUCUGAGGUUUUUAGCUUGUGUGUGUGUGUGUGUUUACAUUUUAGUUGUCUUGUGCUUUUUGUAAGCUACCCGUUGGAGUAGGGGCUCAUCUACACUUACCUUUUGCCCCAGCACAAGUCUGUGCUUUCCUGAUCCGUGUUCCAAGCGUGGGUUUUUCUCUGGGGACAGUUUUAUACUUUUAAAUGGUAUUUAUAAUGCUGCUGUUGCUUUGAUUUUUUUCGUACACUAUCUUAGUUUGCAGAAAGCUGGCAUUAAAAAAAUAGCAAUAAAGAAAUAGCAAAAUGCCAGAGUAAUUGAAAUAAUGAGCAUGAGUUCUUUCAGGGACCCUGUUUUGGAUCAUUUGCUACAUAACUUCAUUUUCCUGCAAACUGCUUAGUUUUCAGUGCAUGUAACUUAAGGGUUCAGAAAUAAAGGCAAAGGGCUUAAACACAGUACAGUCGUACCUUGGAGGUCGAACAGAAUCUGUUCAAUAAGUUCGUUCAACUUCCAAAAGGUUUGGAAACCAAAGUGCAGCUUCUGAUUGGCUACAGGAAGCUCCUGCAACCAAUCAGAAGCCGCGGAAGCCCCAUCAGACGUUCAGCUUCCAAAAAUAAUUUGCAAACCGGAACACUCACUUCUGGGUUAGUGGCAUUCAGGAUCCAAAACGUUCGAGAACUAAGCUGUUUGAAAACCAAGGUAUGAUUGUAUAUAACUUCUUAAAAAAUGGAUGCUGUACUGCUGCUGUGAUGUCAAUGACUACUGGCUCAGUAAAACACUGAUUCCUGUUAUCUUGCUGGAAUGACAGUCUGGACACCAGUGCCUUCCUGCAUGCUGCAGCAAAAAAUGUAUAAUCUUUCAGAUGUCUCCUUAAACAGCUCUAUUCAUGUGCUGGGAAGUCCUGAGUGAACUGCAUGUUCCCUGAGGCAUGUACACAGCCACUUGAGGAUGGACGAUUGCCUUUUAUGUUUGGAAGUACUGUACAGUAGGGAGCUCCAGCAAGCUUUUGGUAUACCUUCAGCAAGCACUGUUGCUGUAUAGAUUGUGGCGUCAUGAAGUCACUGUGGCUGCCCUACCUAUUCACCUGAUGUGUUAAUGCCUGGAGACCAGAAUUGAAACUUGUUUAAUCCAUCUCUAGGCCAGUCCAUGUUAUCUGUAUGCAUACUCAAGUGUAAUUGCAGAGGAAAUGAAAACGACUGGCUUUUUUGUCUGCUCCUUCCCUCCCACCUUAUCAGCCAGGCUAGGGUGGGGAGAAUGGACUAAGAGAAAGGUAUAGCGCCACUGAGAUCUUUCUUCCUUCACCUGCAGUUAUUUCAGAGGCAACGGUAGGCUGAGCCUGAAUAGUCCCUCCCCCUUCAAUGCCCAAAAUGAUUGUUUGGAAAGAGGGUAAAGGGAUGUGUAAAAGGUCUGCAACCUGUUCAAAUUUGAGUCUUCAGCAUAGCUGGGCUCAGCUGACCUAGGCUAGCAAACCGGUUUCCAGACCAGGAAGAAGCAAAUGGCAGUCUGCUUGCUUGCCCUGUGCCAGUGAAACUCCUCGCCUCAGUGGGUUGAAGGCUACCCUCUGUGUACUGCCAUGUGCUACCGAGGGCAGGAUGAUGAUGAGCUUUUGGGUACUGAGGAGGGACAUAGGAGUUCACCUUGUCACCUGUACAAGGGGUAGGGUUCCUGGAUGACCUUACAUAAAAUACUGUAUUUUGUUGAAGUUAGUGAAGUUGCAUAGUUCAUGAGCAAGACUAUACAAUGUAAUCAAAGAGAUAAAGUGUGGGGUUUCCCCCCCAGACUAGACUGUUGCGUUGAGCAAAGCCAUUGACUUGAGUGGCAGAAAAGAAUUAGAUGCCUUAAACUUAUUAGCUCUGUACUGUGCUUGAUGUGGGGUUAUCUUUAAAAAGUGCUUAUUUCAGGAGCAUAAUUAAUUGCAGUGUGUGUCUUCUGGGGCACUAUUAAAUACAAAAAUGAGGAAACCCAUGGAUAGAAAAGAAUUUUCCCUAUGAAGAUUUGGAAGAACAUGAUACCAUCUUGUCCGCUGCGAAUAUUUGGUCUGUGUUAUAUUACGUGGAUGAUUAAAGUCUUGAUCGCUACUGAUCAAGGUUUGCUUUCGAGCAGCAACCUUCUCUGUCUGGACGAUUGGCAGACAAAAGUUUCACGAGUUCAAGUUUUUAGAAGGAUUCUUCUUUUGAAUCUGAUAGGAACCAUUGAAUCAAAAGGGAUUGCUGAAAGUGGAGAAGCAAAGACACUGUUGUGGUCCUUAGAAAUGGUUCCCAGGAAAGUGGGGUUGCUGCCUUGCUGGAGUUUGCAAAACUCUUGCAUUUUCAAAGAAAGUGCUGCAUUCCUAAUUGUACUUCUUAAAAUUAUUGUUAAUAUGAAUUACUUAAGUUCUGCUUAGUUAGAAUCAACAAAACCCUCUGCUCCAUAUCCUAUCAAAAAAUCUAUGAGAUUGGCAAUCAUUUGAUGCAGAAAAGCGGCUCAUUCACAAGUAAACAUAUGCAGCCAUGGAAUCUGAAAGCUAGUUAGGGAGAGAGGUUGUAUCCUUGAAACUGGCAUGUUGCUUCAGUUCUUCUUGACUGUUGAUUUAAGUGGCAUAAUACACAAUUCUUUUGAGUUUGUUGUUAUUGCCUUUAUUAGCAAGCUAGGCUUGUUGUGUUUUGAGAUGGAGAAAAAUAUUGCUGAGUCAGAAUGAGAUCACCCAAGUUGCAUUUAGGACGUCAGAAACCAAAUCGAUGCCAGAAGGCUUUCUUUCUUUCAACCUGUUUGGAGUGUGUUGCUCAACUUACUCGACAGUCUGCAAUUUUAUUUUAUUUUUGAAAAAAAUGAAAGCAAUUGUACAUGUCUUAUGAGCAUUCUGCCUUGCGUCUUACUAUACAUCAGUAUACCUCUUUCAUAUAAAAUGGGGAUCUGUUGUGUGGGUAGUUAGCAUAACUGAUUUGUCACGAUUCUCUCUCAUUAUUAUUUUUUGUAAAGGAACUGCUCAGGGUCAUAAUACUCUUUUCUUUAUGAGUAUCCGGUAUCCAGCACAAAGAGUUUGUUGAACAGUUGGCUAGGGGAGCGGCUAAAAGGCUUUGGUUUGUGUGUUUUUUUACUACCCUGUUAGGCAUUAACAGGGCCACUCCCUAGCCUAGACUGUAUCAGCAAAAACAGUGUUCCUAUAAUAUGCAGGUGUGGAAGCACAUUUGUGUAGCCUUACUAGAAUUCAAAUGGAAAAUCAUGGUUUAAAGUCCUUGUGGCAUGGAGGACUGAGGACUGGAAUUGUGCUGCUAUGACUACUGUCUCUCUGCAGGCCGUGAUUCUUGCCCGGAGGUGUGGAGCUCCAUUCUCCUACUCAAUUUCCUUUUAAACCCAAAUCUUAAUCGUCGGGGCUCUGAAUUUAGAACACACUUUUUUAUUUCUUCAGUCUGUUUUGGCGGCUGCAGUCAGUGUAAUGGGAAGUGAAGCAACGGCAACGGCCCUUCCCUCUAGGAAAUGGUAACUGCUUGUGAAAUUGAACGGCUAGGAGGAUGAAUUCUGAAAGAGAUUCGGAAACUACCUUUGACGAGGACUCCCAGCCCAACGACGAAGAGGUGCCAUAUAGUGAUGAUGAGACAGAGGAUGAAUUGGACGUUCCGCCUCCUGUCGAGCCGGAGCAAAACCGCAUCAACAGAGAGGUGGAAGCUACUCGAGAUACGCUUAGAAAAGAAUGCGGCUGGCAUGUUAAAGCAAAUGAUCGUGCCUUCUAUGAACAGCCCCAAUUUAUGCAAACGACUUAUCUGUGCCUUAAGAAAAGUAAAUAUGCAGGGAAUGCAAUCAAAACCUACAAGUAUAAUCCCAUUACCUUCUUGCCACUGAAUUUAUUUGAACAGUUUAAAAGGGUUGCCAACUUCUAUUUCUUGGUUCUACUUAUUUUACAGUGCAUUCCUCAAAUAACCACCCUCCAAUGGUAUACAACUCUGAUACCUUUACUCUUGGUUCUCGGCAUUACUGCGAUAAAAGACCUAGUGGAUGAUAUUGCUCGGCAUCGGAUGGACAAUGAAAUUAACAACCGCACGUGUGAUGUAAUCAAGGAGGGCAGGUUCGAAAAUACAAAAUGGAAGGACAUCAAAGUUGGUGAUAUCAUCCGUCUUAGGAAAAAUGCAUUUAUUCCUGCUGAUAUCCUGCUGCUAUCCACUUCAGAACCUAAUAGCCUUUGCUAUGUAGAGACAGCUGAACUAGACGGUGAAACCAACUUGAAGUUCAAGAUGUCUCUGGAGGUGACGGACAGAUACCUUCACCAAGAGAGCGCCUUGGCAGCAUUUGAUGGUUUUAUAGAAUGCGAAGAGCCCAACAACCGACUAGAUAAAUUCACAGGGACUUUGAAGUGGAAAGGAAAAAGCUAUGCUUUGGAUGCUGAUAAAAUCUUGUUGCGUGGCUGCAAAAUCCGGAACACGGACGUUUCCCAUGGGCUUGUUAUAUUUGCAGGAGCAGACACAAAAAUAAUGAAAAACAGUGGGAAAACACGGUUUAAAAGGACUAAAAUUGACUACCUUAUGAAUUACAUGGUUUAUACGAUUUUCGUUUUGCUCAUCUUAGUGUCAGCUGGCUUGGCUAUUGGGCACACCUACUGGGAACAGCAGAUUGGUAAUUCUUCUUGGUACCUCUACGAUGGGAAGGACGAGACCCCUGCUACCCGUGGCUUCUUUAACUUUUGGGGUUACAUCAUUGUCCUUAACACUAUGGUUCCAAUUUCCCUCUACGUGAGUGUUGAAGUGAUCCGUUUGGGCCAAAGCUACUUCAUCAACUGGGACUUGCAAAUGUAUUACCCAGACAAGGAUACAGCGGCAAGAGCCAGGACAACCACUUUGAAUGAACAACUUGGACAGAUCCACUACAUCUUCUCAGAUAAGACAGGCACACUGACGCAGAACAUAAUGGCAUUCAAAAAGUGUUGCAUAAAUGGACAAACCUAUGGAGCAUGCAGGGAUAAAACAGGCCAAGAGCUUCAUCACCCUGAGCAAGUUGACUUCAGUUGGAAUAUGUAUGCAGAUGGGAAGCUCACCUUUCAUGAUCAGUAUCUGAUCGAACAAAUUCGGUCUGGCAAGGAACCUGAAAUCCGACAGUUCUUCUUCCUGCUUGCAAUUUGCCACACAGUGAUGGUGGAUGCCUCUGAUGGUGAGCUCAACUAUCAGGCGGCCUCCCCUGACGAAGGAGCAUUGGUAACUGCAGCCAGAAACUUUGGUUUCGCUUUUAUUUCACGGACACAGAAUACUAUUACAAUAAGCGAGAUGGGAACUGUGAAAACUUACGAAGUUCUUGCCAUUUUGGACUUCAACAGCGAUAGAAAGCGGAUGUCUGUUAUCACGAGAGAACCAGAUGGAGCAAUCAAGCUUUAUUGUAAAGGAGCGGAUACAGUGAUAUAUGAACGUCUGCAUCCAAGGAACCCUACGAAGCAUGCAACACAGGAAGCAUUGGAUAUCUUUGCAAAUGAAACCCUUAGAACGUUGUGCCUUUGCUACAAGGACAUUAGCGAAGAGGAGUAUGAGGCGUGGAAUAAAAAAUUCAUGGCUGCUAGUGUUGCUUCAAGAAACCGUGACGAAGCUCUGGACAAAGUGUAUGAAGAAAUUGAAAGAAAUCUAAUUCUCUUGGGUGCCACAGCAAUCGAAGACAAGUUGCAGGAUGGAGUUCCAGAAACAAUAUCCAAGCUGGCGAAGGCAGAUAUUAAGAUAUGGGUUUUGACAGGCGACAAGAAAGAAACUGCAGAAAACAUCGGGUUUUCCUGUGAACUCUUAACGGAUGAAACAACUAUCCACUAUGGAGAGGACAUCAGUGCUCUUCUGCAGACAAGGUUGGAAAACCAGAGGAACGUAGUUGGAUCAAACACGAAUUCAUCCCAAAGAGGCAACGAUCCCUUUUUUGAGUCGGGUAGAAACCGUGCCCUAAUUAUCACUGGCUCAUGGCUGAAUGAAAUUCUACUGGAGAAGAAAAAGAAGAAGAAGAAACUCUUGAAACUGAAGUUUCCGAAAACAGCAGAAGAAAAGCAAAAGCAGAUGGAGAGUAAAAGGAGAGCAGAGCUGGUCAAGGAGCAGCAGCAGCAGAACUUUGUUGACUUAGCUUGCGAGUGCAGCGCAGUGAUUUGCUGCAGAGUAACACCCAAGCAGAAGGCCAUGGUGGUUGACCUGGUGAAGAAGUACAAGAAAGCAAUCACCUUGGCCAUCGGGGAUGGUGCUAACGAUGUAAAUAUGAUAAAAACGGCCCAUAUUGGUGUUGGCAUAAGUGGACAAGAAGGGAUGCAAGCAGUCAUGUCCAGCGACUACUCUUUUGCCCAGUUCAGAUUCCUCCAAAGGUUGUUGCUUGUUCACGGCCGAUGGUCAUACAUAAGGAUGUGCAAGUUCCUUCGGUACUUCUUCUACAAAAACUUUGCAUUUACGUUAGUCCACUUUUGGUACUCCUUCUUCAAUGGCUAUUCUGCCCAGACAGCUUAUGAAGAUUGGUUUAUCACUCUCUACAACGUAUUAUAUUCCAGCCUGCCAGUUCUCCUCGUUGGGUUGCUUGACCAGGACGUGAGUGACAAGCUGAGCAUACGUUUUCCUGCCUUGUACGUAUCGGGACAGAGAGAUUUGCUUUUCAACUACAGGAAGUUCUUCAUAAGCCUCCUGCACGGUGUUAUAACAUCGCUGAUUAUUUUCUUCAUACCGUACGGCGCUUACCUACAAACCAUGGGGCAAGAUGGAGAAGCGCCCUCGGAUUACCAGUCCUUCGCUGUGACAGCAUCUUCCUCUCUCAUAAUCGCAGUCAACUUUCAGAUGGGGCUGGACACAUCUUACUGGACAUUUGUGAAUGCUUUCUCAAUAUUUGGGAGUAUUGCACUUUACUUCGGAAUUAUGUUUGAUCUACACAGUGCUGGGAUCCAUGUCCUUUUCCCUUCUGCUUUUCAGUUUACAGGUACUGCUCCAAACGCUCUCCGGCAACCAUAUCUCUGGUUGACAAUAAUCCUAUCCAUUGCACUUUGCUUGCUGCCAGUGGUUGCUCUCCGCUUCUUGAGCAUGACCAUUUGGCCUUCGGAAAGUGAGAAGAUUCAGAAGAAUCGCAAGAAGUUCAAGGCCGAAGAGGAAAAGUGGAAGCGAAGGCAAAGCGUCUUCCGCCGCGGGAUCUCGGGCCGCCGUUCUGCUUAUGCCUUCUCCCACCAGCGGGGUUACGCUGACCUCAUAGCUUCUGGGCGGAUCAUUCGUAAAAGGAGAGCUUCGUUAACAGCAGUCCUUGGCAACAAUUUAGCAGAAGUCAGGCAAGCUGAAGAAGCCAGCUGAUGAUUUUCUGUGUCCUAAAGGAAGUGGAUUCCUCCCCCCACCCCCCCGAAAAACAAUUGCACAAAGUUUUUAUUUUUUUAAUGAAAAACUCAGGAUUCUUUUUUUUGGGGGGGUGGGACAUUAAAGGUUAUGAAGACAGCUUGAUUUCCUCCUCAAGCUACUUCGUUUGAGAUAACUGAACUGAAGAACUGAGCAGUGUUUUCAGAUCUUGAUCCUUGUAUAUUUUGUUUCAUGUGAAAUUGAAGGAUAUAAAUCUAUGGGCUUAAAGACCAACAAUUGCAACAGUUGUUGUUCCUUUAAAAUGAUACUUCAUGUGUGUGUUUUUUUAAUGCAAUCAUGAAAUACAGUUUCAACUGAUGUUCCGUGCCUCAACACCAAAAAUGGACUUAGCUGAGAAGCAAAACGGUUCUGUGUGCCACUUCAUUCUAGUAAUUCAGCUAUACUUAAGAUUUUUAGCUAACCAAAGAUGUCCUCUUUUUGUUUAAGACAGAGAGGUGUGCAGUUUUACUUUGCAAGCAUUCAGAACCAUUAUUCACCGAUCUACGGGGUAUUGUGGCCCAAGGCUUGAAUAAUUUUCAGGGAUUUGGGCGGGGAAAAUUCAGUAUAUGCAAAGCAUCUUAAUCAGGUUAGCCUCUUAAUCUGGCAUUGGGGAUAGGGAGCCUGUGGCUGUGUGCAUGUUGUUGAGACUCCAACUCCCAUCAGCCGCAGCCACAAUGGCCAAGAGUGAGGGGUGAUGGGAGUUGUAGUUCAGCGACAUCUGGGAGGCAAGAAGUUCCCUAUCUCUGUUCUAGGGACAUCAAGGUCUGGUCCAGGAGGCAUAGCUAGUUUGCCACAUGCACUCAAUCAGGACUUUCUUGGGGGAUACUCUACUGAAAUGACUACCAAUUGUUCGCCAGCAGGACUUGGUGAAUCAAAUCUCUUUUCUGGUGUAUUGUUUUAUACCACUGCCUUUCCUCUUUUUAAAAGUAUCUGUGUUCUUUGUAUCUUGUUUGCAAAAAAACAAGAAAAACAGGAAGAGAUAUGAAACCAGUGAAGGGUGUAUUACUGGCAUACUUCCUUGAUUUUCUACCUGCUUAACCUUUAUGCAAGGUAGACGUCAACGAUUCUCACAUUACGGGAAUUAUUUCCAUGUAGAACAGGUGUGAGGGACUUUUGGCCCUCCAGAUGUUGCUGAACUACAACUCCCAUCAUCCCUAGCCAUUGAUUUUUGCUGGGUGUGAUGGGAAUUGUACUUCCCCACACCUGAUGUAGAACAUGUGGGCACCAUUGUACCUAAAAGGCACAUGUGUUGACUAUUUUACUACACAUGUAUAUGUGGCUAAAACCAGGUGUGCAUGGGUUCUUCGUACAUGAUGAUGUGCACGCUUAAGUGAGACCCAUGUUACAAGUCGUGGGUGAAACAGACUAAACUGAAUAAAAUGUUUUUUUUGUUCACUGGGUGAUGGUUCAAAACACAAAUUGGAACAAGAGAAUUGAUCACAUCAAGGAUGACUCCUUUUCACUAUGUUUUAAUAGUAAAAAAAAAUGUUUGAGAUUUUUAAUGUACAGGUCUUCAGAGGGUUUUUGUGUUGGGACAUAUAAAUGGUUUACAUUUCAAAAAUUUCGGCAUACACCAAUGUGUCUGGUUAAAUAUUCACUAUAUAGUUCCACUUUCUUUUUUCAAACCAUGCAGCUCGGUGUCUAAAAAUCGUCAUUUAGGAGCAUGGAAUUCAUACAUUUCUUCAUCAUUAUUGUUAUUUAAUGUGCAAAGGUUUACAGCUUUUUAUUUUCAGUAGGUGGGGGAAGAUUGACUUUAGUUUCCUAGAAUGAUUUCUCUCGAUCCAAAGAUGAGGAAGUUGCUAGCCACAUGUUUCAAGCUCCUAAUCUGGGUGCAAUAUUAAUUUUAACGUGCUGGUUGAGAUAGAUAUGCCAUACACUUGUAUCCAAACCAUAAAUUGUAAAUAUUUUAUUUGCUUAAAGAUAAUGUACAUAUUUAACAGGCCUUAAUUUUUAACGCUUUUGACUGACAUGAAAGAAGUGUUUUCACUGGUCUGAAAUAUUUUUAUUAAACUAUACUUCAAAUAUAUAUUUGUAUAUUCAUAUAGUGUCCAGCGACUUUCGUGAGAGUGCGACUGUUACGGUACUUUAUUUGCUAUGUUUAUGUUAUCACUUUCCAACACGUAACUCAAGGGUAGCAUACACAGUUCUCCCCAUCUGUCAGGGACAGGCAGGAGUCCAAAGGAGGCAGAGGGUAGGAGGACAAACCAAGAGAAGGGGAUUCUGUGAGGCAGGGAAAAAGAGGAAGAGUCUGGGCAGUCAAGAGAUGGAAAAAGUUGUUGCAGGAAGGCGCAGGGGUAGAAGAGAGAGCCCCAGAGAUAGUGUCAUGCACUGAUUGGAUGAAGAGAGGAACCACCAAGGGAAGCAGGCUCAGAACCUGAGUAGU